UCUCUCUCUUGUUAUCUCUCUCUCUCUCUCUCUCUCUCUCUCGCGGACCCGUCCAGAGGAAGCGCUCGCGCUCGGUCGAACCACGAACGAAAAUCAAGCGUUGGACCCGACACGGCCGGUGGAGGUCCGGCUCGUGAGCGUUAGUUUAUUACGGCGGACACGUUGUGACUGAAUGGGUCCGAGGAAUUUUGACAUAAUGAAAAUAGGAAAACUACAACUGGAUGAGGAGGAGAGGUCGGCGGCUACGGUUGAGUCCCAUGAAACCAACGCGGACUGACUAAUCUGGAUGGAUGACUCUCGUUGUGCUGAGUUUGCGCUUUGUCGAUGGAUUCGCCCGUUGGCACGGCCCUGCAGGGCACCAACUACACGGCUGACCACUCCGGCCAGAGCUCCAGCAACCAGCUGGGCAGCCCCUCUCCUGUUGUGCAAAGCGUGGUUUCCAUAGUGACCAGCCUGGUGACCGCCACCACAGAGGCCACAGUGGGGAACACAGGUAACCUGUCGACUUUCAGAGACCAAAGAGGGAGCAAGCUCAGCCUGUUCCAGCAGGCGUCCACCCCGUCAGUGCUGAAAGCCACUGAGAGUAACUCCGUCCUGCAGGGCAUCACGGUGGCCACCCAGGCCCUGGUGCUCCUCUCCAUCUUCCUCCUCUCCAGCCUCGGCAACUCCGCGGUCGUCGUUGUCAUCAUCAAGCACCGACAGCUCCGGACGGUGACCAAUGCCUUCAUCAUGUCGCUGUCGCUGUCCGACUUCCUCACGGCCAUCCUGUGUCUGCCGUUUUCCUUUGUCAUGCUCUUCAGCAAGGAUGGCGCCUGGAUGUUCGGGGACCGUUUCUGCGUGGCCAACGGCUUUUUCAACACCUGCUUUGGGAUCAUCUCCACCUUGACUAUGACCUUGAUCUCCUUUGACAGGUAUUAUGCUAUAGUCAGGCAGCCGCAGGCCAAAAUAGGGCGCCAGAAAGCGACUCAGUUGUUGAUAGCCGUGUGGGUAACUGCAGUCAUCUUCUCUCUGCCUUGGUAUCUGUUGGUCCAAAAAACGCCGGAGAUCCAUAAGCGAGGUUUCUACCACUGUAUGUACGUGUUCCACUCUGGGACCUCCCGCAUGGGGACGGCUUACAGCGUCUGCCUUAUCGGCGUGUGUUUUUUACUGCCCUUCUCCCUCAUGUGCUUUUGUCACUACAACAUCUGCAAGACGGUUCGUCUCUCUGAAAUCCGAGUCCGGCCAGUGACCACAUAUGCGUACUUGCUGCGAUUCUACAGUGAAAUGCGAACCGCCACCACGGUUCUGAUUAUGAUCGUCUUCAUCAUCUUUUGCUGGGGUCCAUAUUGUCUGAUGGGGCUGGUUACGGCAAUGGGGGACUACACGUUCAACCCUGGGAUGGACACAGUGGCCAUCUGGCUAGCCUGGGCCAACGGCGCCAUCAACCCUCUGAUCUACGCCCUGAGGAACCCCAAUAUCUCCAUGUUACUGGGGCGGAGCAGAGAGGAGGGCUAUCGGACCAGAAACAUUGCCGCGUACCUCUCCAGCCAGACCCAGAACCGGGAUAUUCGAGUCAACCAAGCGGAGAGGAUAAGGGACCGCUACGUGAGUCGCGUCGGGGUGAAUAAUAACAGCCGGCUGUCCAGUUCAAGUCCCAGCAAAGGAGGAGAGGUGGCAAUGUGGGCCUGUAAAAACCCUGCAGUGUUCUUCUGCCGGGACGCCCAUCAUGACACUGCAACGCUAGCUAACUCCGUCACUGCCCCGAAGAUGAAGACAGCUGAUACCAGCCUGUGACAUUCUGGGAGAAGGCUUCCCCAUGUAUUAUUUGUUUUGGAUCUAGAGACUGCCAUCUCGAGUUUGUAAAAAAUGAAACCUUGUCUUUUCCAAAAUGUUCAUUUGGAUUUUGUCCCAGGAACCAAAAGCAUACUGUUAAAUUACAAAAUAGGCUACACUAUGUGGGAAGACAAAAGUUAGCCGUUACAAUAGAAGAUGGGUACAUGAAACUCCUUCCUGACUUUGGAGGACACCAUCAUCACACGACCACCCGUAGGACCUCAGUCAGCGGUUCAGCAUGGAAGGCGAUGGAAUAUAUUUCUGUAGAAAACCAUGGAACGUUUGUGAUUGUAUUACAAAGGUCUCUAUGUGGUUUUCAUGUGUAAACGCAGCAUGUGGCUUUUCCUUCAUCCUAAACCUUUUAUGCUUAAAACAUGUACAUGUCAUUUUCAGA